CCGUGGCGGCGGAGGCUGCGGCGGAGGGAGCUCUGCGUCCUGCUCCCGCGGGCAGCGCGGCGCGUGCCCACCUGAGGACGGCCCCUGCCGUGUGCGCCCUGCGCGCUGCCCUCCUGCGGCCCGCUUGGGCGGGAGGAAAGUUUGCAGGAUGCCCAUCGCGCAGCUGCUGGAGCUAUGGAAGAAGAUCGAGGUGGAGCCCAUGGAGAUCGAGACUCCCGAGGAGGAUCUGAGCGUGGACGUGGAGCCCAUGCCUGAGGAUGCCCCGGAAGAGGCUCAGUGUGACCUGGAGUUGCCCGAGGCCCAGCCAGCUGCAGUGGAGGAGGAGGAAGGCGUCGUGAAGGAGAUCCCCAUUGGCCACCACGUGAAGGAGGGCGCGGAGAAGGCCGACCCUUCCCAGUUCGAGCUCCUGAAAGUGCUGGGACAAGGCUCCUAUGGCAAGGUGUUCCUCGUGCGGAAGGUGCGGGGCUCGGACGCGGGGCAGCUCUACGCCAUGAAGGUGCUGAAGAAGGCGACGCUGAAGGUCCGGGACCGGGUCCGGUCGAAGAUGGAGAGGGACAUUCUGGCCGAAGUGAGCCACCCCUUCAUUGUCAAGCUGCAUUACGCCUUCCAGACGGAAGGGAAGCUCUACCUGAUCCUGGACUUCCUGCGCGGAGGGGACCUCUUCACCCGGCUCUCCAAAGAGGUGAUGUUCACGGAGGAGGACGUGAAGUUCUACCUGGCCGAGCUGGCCUUGGCCUUGGCCCACCUGCACAGCCUGGGGAUCAUCUACAGGGACCUGAAGCCCGAGAACGUCCUGCUGGACGAGGACGGCCACAUCCGGGUCACAGACUUCGGGCUGAGCAAGGAGGCGGUGGACCAGGACAAGCGCGCCUACUCCUUCUGUGGGACCAUUGAGUACAUGGCGCCCGAGGUGGUCAGCCGGCGCGGGCACACGCACACCGCAGACUGGUGGUCCUUCGGGGUGCUCAUGUUUGAGAUGCUCACGGGCUCCCUGCCGUUCCAGGGCAAGGACAGGAAGGAGACCAUGGCCCUCAUCCUCAAAGCCAAGCUGGGCAUGCCGCAGUUUCUCAGCGUGGAGGCGCAGGGCCUGCUGCGGGCGCUCUUCAAACGGAACCCAUGCAACCGGCUGGGAGCCGGCCUCGACGGCGUGGAGGAGCUGAAGCGUCACCCCUUCUUCGUCACCAUCGACUGGAAUAAACUGUACCGCAGGGAGGUCACGCCACCCUUCAGGCCGGCAGUGGGCAGGCCUGAGGACACCUUCCACUUCGACCCCGAGUUCACAGCACGGACCCCCACAGACUCCCCGGGCGUGCCCCCCAGCGCCAACGCGCACCAUCUGUUCCGAGGGUUCAGCUUCGUGGCCUCGAGCCUGGUUCAGGACCUGUCCCAGCAGGACGCACACAGAGCGGCCGUGCACCCCAUCGUGCAGCAGCUGCACGGGAACAACGUCCUCUUCACCGACGGCUACGAGGUGGGUGAGGACAUUGGCGUGGGCGCCUACUCCGUGUGCAAGCGCUGCGUGCACAAGGCCAGUGACACCGAGUAUGCGGUCAAGAUCAUCGACAAGAGUAAGAGGGACCCCUCGGAAGAGAUCGAGAUCCUGCUUCGGUACGGCCAGCACCCUAACAUCAUCACCCUCAAAGACGUGUAUGACGACGGCCAGCGGGUGUACCUGGUGACGGAGCUGAUGCGCGGCGGGGAGCUGCUGGACCGCAUCCUGCGGCAGCGCUGCUUCUCGGAGCGCGAGGCCAGCGCCGUGCUCUGCACCAUCGCGCGCACCAUCCACUACCUGCACUCGCAGGGGGUGGUCCAUCGGGACCUGAAGCCGAGUAACAUCCUGUACAUGGACGAGUCUGGGAACCCCGAGUCCAUCCGCAUCUGCGACUUCGGGUUCGCCAAGCAGCUGCGGGCGGAGAACGGGCUGCUCAUGACGCCCUGCUACACGGCCAACUUCGUGGCCCCCGAGGUCCUCAAGCGGCAAGGCUACGACGCGGCAUGCGACAUCUGGAGCCUGGGGAUCCUGCUGUACACCAUGCUGGCGGGGUUCACGCCUUUCGCCAACGGCCCUGAUGACACGGCCGAGGAGAUCUUGGCGCGGGUCAGCAGCGGGAAGUACGCGCUGUCGGGAGGGAACUGGGACUCCAUAUCGGACGCGGCCAAGGAUGUCGUGUCCAAGAUGCUCCACGUGGACCCGCAGCAGCGCCUGACGGCCCUGCAGGUCCUGCAGCACCCCUGGGUGGUGGACGGGGAGCAGCUGCCCCAGAGCCAGCUCAGCAGGCACGACGUGCACCUGGUCAAGGGCGCCAUGGCCGCCACCUACCUGGCCCUGAGCAGAAGCCCGCAGGCCCCGCGGCUGCAGCCCGUGCAUGCGUCCAGCCUGGCCCGGCGCCGCGGCAUGAAGACACUCACGUCCACCCGCCUGUAGCUGCCCAGAACGCGCCCCGAGCCACGCGCCACCUCCUCGCUCGCUCCAGCCAAACCCAGGACCGUCCCCGCACCGCGGCCGUCUCGGGGCAGCCCUUCUGAGCACUUGCCGCCGGCCAGUGUCCUGGGAGGGGGCCUCCGCCGAGCCGAUCCAAAGAGCUCGCGGUGGGCGUGCCGGCUGCCAGGGCCGUGUGCUGCGUGUCCCAGCGUCUGGCGUCGCGCCUGGCAUGAGCACGGUCGCCCGGGCAGGCGUGUCCCCGACUCCCCGCGUGCUGGCCCCUGUCCUGCUCGCGACUGUGCCCCCAGUGUGGCUGGGGGCUCCCGGGGUCCCCGUUCCGUGUCCUCGCCCGGCUCACACCCCGAAGUGCCACAUUCUCAAAGAACCCUUAGCCCAGGCUCUUUGCUUUCAGACCUUAACCCCCGCGGCUUUCUGAGCUUUAAUAGUUCUGGAAGGUUCUUCCCAUGGCAGGAAGGGCACCUCCGGCCCCUUCCCUCGGCACCCCCAGGAGUCUUUCUGGCGUUUUUGUGACAAAGUGUGUUUCCCGAAGCUGAGCUGGCUGGCAGUGGCAGUGAGGCUUCAGGUCUGCAGAGACGCCUGUCCCGGGAGCCGGUGCCCGGCUGUGCCACCCUCGGGGGCGCCUGUCCCAGGAGCCGGUGCCCGGCCAUGCCACCCUCGGGGGUUCCCGUCCCAGGAGCCGGUGCCCGGCCGUGCCACCCUCGGGCCCCUCCCGGCCCUUCCGGGGUCCUGGCCGCAAGCCCUGAGCUGAGUAGAAGCUGACCGGCCCAUCUAUCCGCUCCGUGGGACCCGGGGUCCCAGCAGCCAUGACAUGGGGCCCGCCCAGCUCGGCUGGCCCUGAGCCAGCUCCCCUGGACCUCUGAGCUACCUCCACCGACCCAUCCUGCCUCCCCCUGGGACGGCCCAGCUCCGGGGGUCUCGUGCUCUGUCCAUGCAGAAGGUCCCGGGACAGCACCCAGUGCCCCACAGCCCCAGGCUCCCUGAGCGUCCACCCGGGACGCCCCUUUUUAGGGAGUUGCUGGCCAGUGGGGACAUGAGGAAGGGUUAGCUGGGGUCCAGCCUCCUCGGGGCCCGCCCACACCCGCCCCGAGUGUUGUUCACGAGAUGUGUUACCCCAAGCCACGUGCCACUUUCCCCCGGUGCCUCCUGCCCAGCCACGUGUCCCCUGGUGCCCACACGGCCGACUUGCCCUUGGCUCUCUCGGGCCACUGCCCAGGGGACAGAAGGACCUGCAUGGCCAGAGAAGCAGGACACUGUGCAGGAGCCCCCAGCCCCCUCCCCCAGGCUGGCCCCGCCCACGCUGCUCCCGCCCGUCAUGCUUCCCUGUAUGUCUGCCGUAUGCGGCCUCUGUACAGUUAUUUAUUAUGCUUUCUGACUUUCUGACUAGAUUUUUUUGAAUAAACAUGGGUUUUCUGAAAUGUGA